CUCAUUCUUGCAACAUAGCGAAAGAAAAAAAAAGGGUACACAAUGGGCUGGAGGCGUGGAGUUUAGCCUCUGUAAAGUACUGUUGUUGUUGCACCAUUGUUGUAAACUAUAUGUACAUGUACUUAUUUUAUAUGGAGAGGCCAAAGUAAAUCCUAAUCAGUACUUCAAGCAGUCAGGUAUUUGCCAUUUUGUGAAGGUACUCUCCCAGAAAUCAAAGUUCCCCUGCGCUGCCUGCUCCUGCUCCGGCCCAUCCACCGGAUCUGCGCUCGAGCAGCUUCAUCCGCCGCAGUCCGCUUGCUGACUUUGAGCGGUGGCAGACAGCAGGGAGAUGAAGGAGCGGGACCAAGAUCAUCAAAGCUGUUGCGGCCUCCUCAAGAAAGUGUGUGACAUCUUAGUUGUUUCUCCGAGAGAUAACCGACAUGCCGCCUUGAUAAUUCUUCAGCCCCGACGAACUUGUUUUUUGAAGAAUCGCCGUGUUGUCUUUAUCAUGAAUGUGAAGCCUGGGAAUCUGCCGGAUGUAAUGCCUGCUGGAAUGAUCAGUUCAUUGACAGGAAACCUCCAGGAACAUUUCUCUGACAAUAGUCUACAAUGGUUGUUGGUGGAGUUCGGGCUGAUUGGCUUCAUGGGCUCCAUCCUUGGCAUUCCCUUCAUCAGAUACGACCCUAGAGAUGGAGCUGGCUUGAGGCUGCAGCUGGAUGUUGAAGUCGGAGCUGUGGAGGCUGGUGGCGGAGACCGGUGGAGCUGGAGAUGGCCAUUCUUCUCCGGUGAUUCUGCUAUGUGCUAUUGAGCGGUGCCUUUGCCGGCGGCCUCGAGCCGAAAGGUGGAGCCAGAGCGCCUGCACCAGAAGUAUGGCCCGUGCUGCCGGCGCUGCUGGGGUCCUCGCGGCACGCAGAGGGGCGGCUGCGCGGCGAGGCAAGCGCGGGUGGAGAGGGUCGGCGGCGCAAUGCAGGUGGAGGAGUUGGGCGGUGAGGAUGGUUGGGAUCUAAGAUGGGGUGGCACAGAGGGCCUGUGAUCAAUCACGAGCGAGCUGGGGUCUUCUACAAUCACGACCUAGGACCUGCGAUGCGGCGGCCCAGAGGAGGGCCUGGGAGCUUGUGGAGGACGGAAGACAGAGCUGCUGACCGCGGAGGAGGACGGAUGCAGAGGGGCGACGGUGACUCGAUUUAAAUUGCAGGGCCAUGCACGAGAAGUUCUGAAUGAGUGAGGUCGUUUCAGUACGUCUUCAUUUCUUAUCCUUGCAGAAAUUAGAACGCCAAUGAAUCUUAAAUAGUUCAAAAUACACUAUGCCUUCAUAAAUUAGAAUGCCAAAGUAGAUUUCUUACGACAAAUUUUGAGCCAUGUCCAUGUGACGCGAGGUACUUCAUCAUCUACAUUUACUCUGUUUUUCUCUCUGGCCAUAAAUUGCAGAAAAAUGAUAAUGUUGUCUGUAUUUACCAAAACAAACCUUGUGCUUAUCGCAUGGAUGUAUAAUGGUGGUGUUAGCUGCAGCCAAAUCGUUGAAUUCACUGGUGCCUACACUUUUAUGAAUUAUGCAGUCUGAGAUUGGUGAUUA